AUGAGCCCAAUCACGGGGGACCACAUCUCAGCCAGCGAGAAAUUGGCCAAGCUCGCCGUCCUCAUCGACGCCGACAAUGCGCAGCCAAGCAUGGCCAGCGCGCUGCUCGCCGAGAUUGCCAAGUACGGCACCCCCUUUGUGAAGCGCGCGUACGGCGACUGGACGGGCAACUCCCUCAAGGGCUGGAAGGAGCGGCUUCUAGAAAACUCGAUCCAGUCCGUGCAGCAAUUCUCCUACACGCAGGGCAAGAACUCGACCGACGCGGCCAUGGUCAUUGACGCCAUGGACCUGCUCUACACGCAGCGCUUUGACGGCUUCUGCCUCGUCUCGAGCGACAGCGACUUUACCCGCCUCGCGUCCCGCAUCCGCGAGUCCGGCCUGGUCGUGUACGGCUUUGGCGAGCGCAAGGCGCCCAAGCCGCUCGUCACGGCCUGCGACAAGUUCAUCUACAUUGACAACCUGUCGUCGCUCGAUGCCGACUACACCGCCUCGCCGCCGGGUCCCCACUCGCGCAGCAGGGAGCAGCCCACCGCGAAGCAGUCGGCCCCUGACCCGCCCUUUAUCAAAAAGGCCGUGUCCGACGACGACGGGUGGGCCAAUGUCGCCCGUCUGGGAAUGCUCAUUACACAGUGGCAGCCCGACUUUGACCCGCGGAGUUUUGGAUUCGAGAAGCUCGGUCUUUUGCUCAGCGCGUUUCCAUUUGUGGAAACGACGCAGCGGUUUCCGGGAGAAGGGAAGCCGCCGGUUUUGUAUGUACGACUAAAGUGGAGAGUAAAUAAGUAA